GCGUCGCAAAAUGCAACUGUCCAAACAGUAGAGGCAACUCUUUCUGCAGCAGAAGCUCAUAUCUCUGCAGAGACUUUGCAACAAACCAACAUAACUGAAACUAGCAUCACCGGGGCUUCUAUUCAAGAUAUGAGCAUAGAAAGUGCGAAGGAUGUUUCGGUGAUCUCUGAACAUACAGAAAUAGCGUCGCAAAAGGCAACUGUCCAAACAGUAGAGGCAACUCUUUCUGCAGCAGUAGCUCAUAUCUCUGCAGAGACUUUGCAACAAACCAACAUAACUGAAACUAGCAUCACCGGGGCUGCUGUUCAUGAUAUGAGCAUAGAAAGUGCAAAAGAUGUUUCGGUGAUCUCUGAACAUACAGAAAUAGCGUCGCAAAAGGCAACUGUCCAAACAGUAGAGGCAACUCUCUCUACAUCAGAAGCUCAUAUCUCUGCAGAGACUUUGCAACAAACCAACAUAACUG